AUGGUGCCUACCAUUUUUCUGAGCACCUUUUUGUUUCAUUUUACUGUUUCUGCAGCUUUGAAACCGCAAUAUAUCCUGUGGGUCUCCUCUGUGAUACAGAGUCAUUCUACAGAACAAGCUUGUCUCCACCUUUUAAACCUUAAUGAAUCUGUGUCCUUGAGUGUUGGCUUAGAAUAUGAUGGCUCCAAUACCACGAUUUUUGACAAGUCUGUGGAAGAGGAUAACUUCUAUGCUUGUGCAAAUUUUGAGGUUUCUCACAAGUCCUCUGAACAGAUGGCUUUUGUGACACUGUUGGUUAAGGGAAACACUCUUAAAAUCUUUGAGAGGAGAUCUGUAGCGCUCGCUUCAGAAGAGACAGUGACCUUUGUGCAGACAGAUAAACCCAUCUAUAAACCUGGAGAGAAUGGUAAGUCAAUAUUUAUGUUUCCUUCUUAUCUUAAAGCUCGUGUUGUGACACUGGAUACUAAGUUCACACCUAUCAAGGAUGUGUAUCCCUUGAUCACACUUCAGGAUCCUCAAAACAAUAGGAUCUUUCAAUGGCAAAAUGUGACUUCUUUUCAAAAUAUUACCGAAGUCUCAUUCCAAUUGAUUUCAGAACCACUGUUUGGAGAUUACUCUAUUGUUGUGAAAGAAAAAUCAGGAAAGAUGUUGACACACCAGUUUACUGUUAAUAGAUACGUGUUGCCCAAGUUUGAAGUUAAGGUCAGUGCACCACAAACAGUAACUAUUUCAGAUGAUGAAUUCCGAGUUGGUGCAUGUGCUAAGUAUACCUUUGGCCAACCUGUGCAAGGAAAAUCCCAAAUCCGGGUGUGCAGGGAAUUUUUUUCCUCUGAGAAUUGUGAGGAAGAUGAGAAUAAAAUAUGUGAACAAUUUGUUGCACAGUUGAGAAAUGGUUGUGUUUCUCAAACUGUAAAUACAAAAGUCUUCCAACUCCGCCGUUCUGGACUUUUCAUGUCAUUUCAUAUCACUGCAACUGUUACAGAAAUUGGUACAGGUGUGCAGAUCAGUGAAAAGUCUUCUGUUUUUAUCACUCAAGUGCUUGGAAGUGUGAGCUUCGAGAACAUGGACCGUUUCUAUAGAAGAGGAAUUUCUUAUUUUGGAACUCUUAAAUUUUCCGGUCCUGAUAAUGUACCGAUGGUGAACAAGUUAUUGCAGUUGGAGCUCAAUGGCAGAUUUGUAGGAAAUUACACAACAGAUGAGAACGGUGAAGCUCAGUUUUCCAUUGAUACUUCAGAUAUAUUUGACCCGGAGUUCAGCCUGAAAGCAUCAUAUAUCCGACCCAAGAGCUGCUACCUUCCCAGCUGGUUAACACCAGAUUACCAGGAUGGUCAUUUCUUAGUCCAACGCUUUUACUCGCGAACCAACAGCUUCCUGAUGAUUGAGCCUGAACCCAAGCAGCUUAGAUGCGAUCAAGAAAAGAUUGUUACUGUGCAUUACUCCCUAAACAGUGAAGCAUACAGGGAUGAUUCAAACCUUAACUUCUUCUAUCUGGUAAGUCUCAGUGGUGAGCCAGGAAACUCCUGGCACUGGAUCUGCUGUACCUCUCCUAUUUACACAGCCUGGAAGGGAAACUUCUCCUUCCCGAUCAUCAUCAGUGCUGAUCUGGCUCCAGUGGCCGUCAUGCUUGUCUACACCCUUCACCCCAGUGGGGAAAUUGUAGCUGACAGUGUCAGAUUCCAGGUGGACAAGUGCUUUAAAAACAAGGUUAGCAUAAAAUUCUCAAAGGAGCAGGGGCUACCUGGCUCCAGCACUGGUCUCCAUCUUCAGGCAGCCCCUGACUCGGUCUGUGCCCUCCGGGCUGUGGACAGGAGUGUUCUCCUACUGAAAUCAGAACAACAGCUGUCAGCUGAACAAGUGUACAGUUUGCUUCCAAAUACAGAACUAUAUGGUUAUUUCUAUCGUGGUCUCGACCUUGACGAUGGCAGGCUAGACCCUUGCAUUCCUCAGAAAGAUAUGUUUUACAAUGGUUUGUAUUAUAUACCUGUCAGCAACCACAGGGAUGGAGACACCUAUGACGUUGUCAAGGAUAUGGGUCUGAAAGUUUUUACCAAUCUCCAUCACCGGAAACCAGAAGUAUGUUCAACAGGGCGAAGUCUGCCAUUGCAUCUGGAAUUAGGAGGAUAUGCAUCCAUGUAUAGCGCCCCAAGGAGAAUUGCAUGUGGAAAUGACAAUUUUGACUAUGUAGAACAGCCUACAAUUGAAACAGUAAGAACAAACUUUCCAGAAACAUGGAUUUGGGACCUUGUCAGUGUUGACUCCUCAGGUUCAGCAAAUCUUUCAUUUGUCAUCCCUGAUACCAUAACCCAAUGGGAGGCCAAUGGCUUCUGUGUGAAUGGUGAGGCUGGAUUUGGCAUUUCAUCAAAGACUACUCUGGAAGUCUCCCAACCUUUCUUUGUUGAAAUGACCUUCCCCUCUUCAGUUGUUCAAAAUGAACAAUCUGAUUUGAUUGUCAAUGUCUUCAGCUACCUGAAUACAUGUGUAGAGAUUUUUGUUCAGCUGGAAGCAUCCCAGGAUUUUGAGGCAAAUAUCAGCACCCCUAAAGACAAUAACGGUGAGAUUAUCCAAGCUGGAGAGAAGAAGACAUAUGUCUGGACUCUUAUACCUAAGAAGUUGGGUAAAGUGAAUAUCACUGUAGUUGCUGAGUCCAAACAAAGUAGUACUUGCCCCAGUGAAGCACCUGAGAAGCAGAAUCUAAAUUGGAAAGAUACUGUAAUCAGAAGUUUGUUGGUAGAGCCUGAAGGUAUUGAAAAUGAGGUGACUCAAAGUUUCCUUAUCUGUACACAAGGCACCACAGCCUCCAGACAGGUAGUUUUGGAUUUGCCAAACAAUGUAGUAGAAGGAUCAGCCAGAGCUUUUUUCACUGUUGUGGGGGAUAUUCUAGGACUUGCAAUGCAGAAUCUGGAGAAUCUUCUCCAAAUGCCCCAUGGAGGUGGAGAGCAGAACAUUGCCCUACUAGCAUCUGAUACCUAUAUCCUUGACUAUCUGAAAUCUACUAAACAAUUGACAGAGGAAGUUAAAUCUAAAGCUUUAUUUUUCUUAUCUAAUGGUUAUCAGAAGCAAUUGUCUUUCAAAAACUCUGAUGGUUCCUAUAGAGUGUUUUGGUGGAAGAAUCAGGAAGGAAGCAUAUGGCUCAGUGCCCUUACUUUUAAGACAUUAGAGGGAAUGAAGAAAUAUGUUUUCAUUGAUGAACUAGUUCAAAAGAAGACACUGAUCUGGCUUUCAAGCAAACAGAAAAUAGAUGGCUGCUUUAAAAGUGAUGGCAAGCUUUUCAACAACGCCUGGGAGGUCGGAGAUGAAGAGGACGUUCUACUCACUGCCUAUAUCGUUGCCGCAUUCCUUGAAGCCGGUCUCAGUCUUGCUUUUCCCGCUCUACGAAAUGGGCUCUUUUGCUUAGAGGAAGCCUUGAAAAAUGGUGUCACAAAUGGCUAUAACCAUGCAGUUCUGGCUUAUGCUUUGGGAUUAGCUGGAAAAGAGGAGCAAGUGGAAUCCUUACUGCAGACCCUGGAUCAAUCUGCUACAAAGAGAAACAACAUGAUAUAUUGGGAAAGAGAGAAGAAACCUGAGACAGACGUAUCCCCAUUCAUUAUGCCUCGGGCACCUUCUGCUGAGAUGGAGAAGACUUGCUACGUGCUGCUGGCUGUCAUUUCCCGGAAAAAUCCUGACCUGACCUAUGCUAGUAAGAUUGUGCAGCGGCUUGCCCAGCAAAUGAAUUCUCACGGAGGCUUCUCUUCUCCCCAGGACACUCCUGUCUGCCUUCUUGCCAUAACCCGCUACAUGAAUUUAACCUUCUCUGAUGAUCAAAACACUGUCACCUUAAGCAGUGAAGAAUCCAAUGAGAUUUUCCUAGUGAACAGUAACAACCGCUUACUGGUCCAACGUUCAGAACUAACAAAAGCACAUGGACAAUACACAGUAGAUGUGGAAGGACAAGGUUGUACAUUUAUCCAGGCUACCCUGAGGUAUAAUGUGCUACUACCUAAGAAGGAAUCUGGAUUUUCCCUUUCUUUGGAAAUGGUAAAGAAAAACUCUUCAGCUAUAUUCCACAGUAAUUUUGACCUGACAGUAACCCUCAAAUAUACUGGAAUUCACAGUAACUCCAACAUGGCCCUUGUUGAUGUAAAAAUGCUAUCAGGCUUUACUCCUGUCAUAUCAUCCAUUGAGGAGCUUGAAAGCAAUGGCCGAGUAAUGAAGAGUGAAGUCAAGAAUAACCAUGUUCUUUUCUACCUAGAAAAUGUUUCAAGUACAACAAAGAAUUUCACCUUCUCUGUUGAACAAAUCAACCAUGUGCUCAACAUUCAGCCAGCCCCCGUCAUGGUCUAUGAUUAUUAUGAAAAAGAUGAAUAUGCCCUUGCUUUUUACAACAUCGACAAUGCUUCUGCUUCCCAGUGA